AUGCAGCUCCUUCCGGCCAUCCUACCGACACUCUGCGCCGUCUUCUUGCAGCUGCUGCUUCGAGGAUGCCCCUCUGCCACUGCUGCGUUGGCUCACUCCACUAACCACGUGGCACCCACUCGCUGGCUCCUCGCCACUGCCACCUGGUACGGAAGCCCCGAAGGCGACGGCAGCAGCGGAGGAGCGUGCGGGUACGGGUCGUUGGUGGACGUGAAGCCGUUGAAGGCAAGGGUCGGAGCGGUGAGUACGGGGCUGUUCAAGGGCGGCGAAGGCUGCGGCGCUUGCUACAAGGUCAGGUGUCUCGACAAGACCAUCUGCUCUAAGAGAGCCGUCACGAUCAUCGUCACCGACCAGUCACCCUCAGGACCAUCUGCUCGAGCAAACCACACUCACUUCGACCUCAGCGGCGCCGCCUUUGGCCAUCUGGCUAUUCCCGGCCAUUCCCGCCUCAUGCGCAACCGCGGCCUCAUCUCCCUCCGCUACCGCCGGACGGCAUGCAAAUACAAAGGGAAGAACAUAGCGUUCCAUGUGAACGCAGGAUCAUCUGAUUAUUAUAUAUCCCUUCUCAUCGAGUUUGAAGACGGAGAAGGGGACAUUGGCUCUAUGCACAUCCGUCAAGCGGAGUCUAAGGAGUGGAUAGCAAUGAAGCACAUAUGGGGAGCAAACUGGGUUAUCGUCGGAGGACCACUCAAAGGACCAUUCUCAGUCAAGCUCACCACUCUGUCCAACAAUAGAACGCUCUCCGCCACCGACGUCAUCCCCCAAAAAUGGGUUUCGAAAGCUACUUACACCUCCCGCCUCAACUUUUCCCCUGUCCUCUAA